AUGACAUUGAGUAUUAUCCUCUCAACAAUUCAAACGCAAAUCAGUCGCUAUUUUAUUUCAACAGCUUUAGCGUUUGGUAUAAUUGGAUCUUUACUAAAUAUCUUACUCUUCUCCCAUAAACGAUAUCGAAAUAACUCAUGUUGCAUUUAUUUUAUAACGGCAUCAUUUGGAAUGCUUGUUGCAAUGUGUUUUGGACUGGUGCCUAGUAUCUAUUCAGUAGAUCAUCCCAAUCCGGCAAAUACAAUAAAUGCAGUUUGUCAAUUGCGCAACUAUUUUGGUCAAUGUGGUACGAUGACAUAUCGAUGGUCACUAAUUAUGGCUUGCCUUGAUCGAUAUGCUUCAUCAUCAUACAGUGUUCGUUUGCGAGCAUUUGCUAAAUCACAUAUUGCUGUUCGUGUUUCAUUAAUUAUUGCAAGUAUAUGGAUCAUAGUGCCUAUACAUAAUUUCAUAUAUCUUAAUAUCGUUGAUGGUCAAUGUAUAUGGCUACCAGCCGGCUCUGCAAUUUACAACAGCAUGAUGGUUGUUGUAGCAGGUGGACUAUUUCCAAUAUCAACCAUGAUUACAUGCGGAAUACUUAUUCGGAAUAAUCUCAAACACAAACGUGAAAUUCGUCGAAGUAAAGUUCAAUCAAUGAAGGAAAAUGCAAGAGAUCGACAAACUUUGAUCAUGCUAGUUAUUCAAAUUAUUUUUUAUAUGAUAUUAACAUUACCGUGUGUAUUAAAUGUAAUCUAUAGCGCUUUUACAUUCUAUGUCGCAAAUAAGACCAAUGAUAGAAUAGCUAUCGAUUCAUUUCUUGAGUUUAUGAGUGAAACCCUUGCAUAUACAUAUUCAACAUCAUCAUUCUAUUUGUAUACAUUAUCAUCACCUUCAUUUCGUGAGCAUUUCAUCAAGAUUAUAUAUUCCAUUUUCAAACGCCUUAAUCAAUACCAUACUCAUUUACAUCGUGUAGCACCAUCAAUUUAA